AUGAGAGUCUGUAAUUUAGGGAUGGCUGCAAGUGAAGGUGAAGAAUAUGUGUACAGAAUCAGCAGAGGUGAGGAGUGGCAAGAGUUGCAGAGCUCUGGUUCCACUUUUGGUGGAGAGCUUGACAAGAAUUCUGGCUUCAUUCAUCUCAGCAAACUCAAUCAGGUACAAUCAACAUUACAGAAUUUUUUCCUGAACACCAAGGUGGAUCUUUACCUGCUUCAAAUUGACGCCAAAAAGCUGGGCAAAGGAUUAGUCUAUGAAGUUGUUGAUGGUUCCAAUAGCUUCCCUCAUUUCUAUGGUCCAUCUCGAAGCUUCAGUCCUCUCUCUCUAGAUGCUGUUACAAAAGCAGAGAAGCUGUCUCUGUCAGGUGACCGAUUUAUUUGUAGUAUGUUGGAAUAAGCUGCUUGAGCUUUUAUGUGGUGUUCUUUUGAAUUGUCAUUCACAUAUCCCAGCUGCUGCAAGUACUAUGUAAUACCAUAUUACCAAUAUACUGUUGAAGGUUUAUGUCCUGCUACUGAUACAUCGAAUGGAUGGGGUUUUUUUUAA